GCCAGCCUGCGCAGUCGCAGCAGUGCCCGUCGGGCGAAGCCGGCGGGUGCCAGCAAGUGGUGUGGCAUUGCGUUGAGAUCGCUCGCAGCAGCAGAUAACGGAGUGACCUUGUAUCUCUCUGAUCGCGUUCGGAUGUGACAUCUGCAUACGUCGAGCAAGGGCGAUGGCCGAAUGCUGACCGGAAUGAACUCGCUAAGCACCAACCACGCUUUUUGCUUGGAGCGUGAUGAAGACUCUGGUGACCUGGAUGUGAACUUGAAUGGACCCGUUCGGGUUAAAAGCCGCUGGAGCUAUGCACAGCUACAUGUUCAAUCCAUGGGCAUCGACCUGACCAGCCAGCCUAUGCUUGAACAGCCAGAUGGUGACAAUAACUUACUGUCAGAGAAGGAGGUGGAUGAGGCAGAGCAACAGGACCUGCCCGAGGGCUGGGAGCGCCACCUAGAUGACGACGGUCCCUACUACUGGCACAUCCGCACUGGGACCAUCCAACGUGAGCGACCACGGGAGGGGACCACUCGCUCUCUCCCGACACCUGAAAGCCGGCCGCUACUCCCCCCGCCACCCGAACCACCGGCUGCUCAGCCACAGGAGGACUGUGUAGCUGGUGGCAGCAGCAGCGGGGAGGCAAUGCGCUUUGCCGUGCGUUCUCUGGGCUGGUCAGAGAUUCCCGAGAGUGAGCUGACCCCAGAGCGGUCAAGCCGGGCACUGAACCGCUGCAUUGUGGACCUGUCACUCGGCCGAGGGCUUGAUGGUGUGGGUCGAUGGGGCGAGGGGCGAUCCUUGCUCCUGGAGCUGGACGGCUUCCAACUGCGUCUGCUGCGGCCCCAAGAUGGCACAGUGCUUCACUGUCAGCCCCUGCAUGCCAUUCGCGUUUGGGGCGUUGGCAGGGACAAUGGCCGGGAGCGGGACUUUGCAUAUGUAGCACGUGACAGCGGCACCCGACGCUUCAUGUGCCACGUCUUUCGUUGCGACAUGCCAGCACGCAUUAUCGCCAAUGCCUUGCGAGACGUCUGCAAGAAGAUGGUGCUGGAGCGGAGCCUCUCCGAUCCAUCUGGUGAUAAGCGGGCAGCACCUGCGGAGCCUCCAUCCCGGCGUGUAGGUUCUGCCCUGGACCGCCUCGCCAGCCUUUCAUUGGAGGAGGGUGUGGAAGGGGGCCUGCUGCGGCCCAUGGAGGAGCCGCGCAAGGUGCUGCGGGCCCUGUACCUGGGCAGCAUGCCUGUGGCGGCAGCCGCCGGCAUCGACCUGCUCAACGGGGCCAUUGACACCCUGCUCGACCGCGUACCUCGCGCACAUUGGCUGCCCGUACAGGUGGCAGUGGCCCCUUCGACAGUGACGGUGACAUUGGAUCCGGCGGGCGGCGGGCGUGGCCAGGUGCUGGCCGAGUGCCGUGUUCGGUUCCUCUCGUUCCUUGGCAUUGGCAAGGAAGUCACGAAUUGUGGGUUCAUCAUGCACACAGCCCAGGACCAAUUUGAGGCGCACGUGCUUCAUUGUGAUCCAUCUGCGGGUGCGCUCUGCAAGACCAUUGAGGCUGCAUGCAAACUGCGCUACCAGAAGUGCCUCGAUGCGCACCGGCAAGCCAACAACUCUCCACCUCCGCAGCAGCAGCCCACUAAGGCGCUGUCAUCACUCAAGGGAGUCCUGGGCAGCAUCGUGGGCCGCGCCAUUGGAGUCGUGCAACAAGUCUCCUGAAGCCUGGCUGUACCGGAGACCACUUUCGUUUAGCUCCGAGUUGAGCUUUCACUGUUUGUUUUGACCCAGUGCCUGAGCAGGCAUGCCUCCUAGUGCGCGUGUGCUUGCUGUGGUGUGGCGAGGUUCCUCUCUGUUGCUGGUCGAGGCUGCUAAGUUGGCUAUUUGUAAAGCCGACUGUUUGGAAUUCUUUAAUGUGGCAUCAGAGAUCAGGCAGCUAGCCAUACUACAGCUGCCGCGUCACGCUUCGUGCAGCUGCCAUGGCGAGUUGGUGUUGGCGGGAGGGUGGGAGUUGACCAGGGCAGAAGGCAAUAGCGAUAUUGCAGCUGGCAUGUACUGUGGUGUCUCUCGUAGUUUUAGAUGCUUAUAAGAUGUUGAACUCGCAACGUGCACCGCCUUGCCCCUGACGUUUGGCUGUACGAAGGUAUACGAUACAAAAGACAAGCAUUCCAGAUUAUUUGGCUCUCGCAUCGAGGCAAGACAGCCAUGUAAAUCUCGAAUAUAAGCUAGUGUGCUGCCUCAACAUCUGUAGCUGCGGGGUGCCGCAGCUGUUAGCGAGAGCUGCAUGUAAGGUGCGGGCUUAUUGUCUGUUCUUCUUCCUCGCAAAGCAUCGACAUGUGACACUGCAGGCAUGUGAUUCAGACCAUUAUUUUUUUUUUUUUUCUCAUGUCUUGGUGCCUUUGGGACCAGAUAACUGUUAGCUUGCUUCCUGGCAGUCAGCAAUACUGUACCCUGUCUCUCAACUUCCGUGCAGUGCCGUGGAAACUGUCGAGCACGGUUUGGCAUCCUUGCUUCCCUUUCUUUUUUUUUUUUUCUAUAGCGUAAAGUUGUUCUGCAUUCAAAACUCGUGUUGAGUGUUGCCUGUGCAGUGUAUCGUAGGCUGGCUGCCUGUCACGCUACCACUGUUGCUAUCAUAUGUGAGAUAGAAAAGCCAUGUAUGGCUGAACUUCGACACUAAGCAGUCGGAUGCUGCAUGAGCUUUGGGAUACCAGCCUAACCUACUCUUCAACCGUGCAGCCCACUUUGUGGUUUAUGAUCAAUCUUCAAACAGCAAAAUCUUUGGGCAGGCAGAUGAAUAUCUCAGAGGUGUGAAAACAUAGCAUCAGUGCAUACAACACUCGGCACAUGAUUACAUUACUAACGUAGCAUUUUCAGAGUGCUAACCUUUGUUUAUCUAGAUUAAGGUGGUCUAUAAAGUGUGAAACCGUGUCCUGUCUCUUAAUUGGACCAGCUGUAAGCACUGUUUCUACAGCACUGCACGGGUCUGCUGAGGCAAAGUAUAGCCUUGUGUUUAAUGGCGGCUGUGUCCUUGGUUUGGCUAAAUUCACAGACUUGGUAGUGCUGUGCAUGUGUGUUACACAGUCCUGUUUGACGAUCUAAAUGUUAAAGGGAUGCUAAAGGCAGAAAUGAAGACAAGCUGAAUUGGUAAGGUAGUGUUCUGAAAUAACAAAUGCACCACUGUUGCAGAGAGCAGAGGCAAAAAAUCCCUUAGUGAGGGAAAAAAAAGGUUACGUAAAUGUGAAAGACAAGCAGUGCAGCCAUUUUGGAAAUGAAGAACCAGCUAUCGGUGAUGUAUCCGGUCCUUGUAGCAAGUUGUUGAAAGCAGUGGACGAUUGUAAAAUAAAAAAGCAAAUUAUAUAUUUCAUUUCGAAAUGAAGGAAUAUAUAAUUUGCCCGGUGAUGUACCCGGUCCUGACGGCAAUUGGUCAAAUGUAGUCAGCGGUUGUAAACAAAGUGCCAAUUAUGUUGCACUUAGCUAAAAAGGAAAUAGAAUUUAACUUGCCAACUAUUAUUGAAGUGUCUGACAGGGAAUCUCUGUGAGAUGGCCCCUUCAGUGUCAGAGAGAUUGCCAGCACAGAGCAGGAUUUCUACACCUCUCCAAAAAUGUAGAGGCCACAACUGAUAUGCAAUUAACCUCUAUUCAUGAACAAUUAAAAUUAAGGUAGACAUGUGUUGCCUUCAUUUGCAUUUUUCUCCACAACAGAGUUGUGUCUAACAUAGUACAAAUGUCAAGUGCUGGAAAUGCUGAAGUUGGGGCUAACUGAUAGGCACGCUUCGUCCUCUGGUAGCGCAUUUCAGUCAAUGAAAAGUCAAGUAAUUUUCAGAGCAUGACCUACCACUCCAGCUAGACUUAAUAUUUGCCUUUACUAUUACUUUAGAGAAUUUUCAUGCAUUAAAUAUGCCAGCCUUACAUUGCACUAAGAUUACUGAUAAGCUGUUGCUUAGUUUGUAAGAAGCGUCUCUAAGCUCGACACCGUCGUGGCGAGAAGUCGUCCUAUGAUGCAUUACACAAGUGUCUUGGUUGCCAUUUUGUUUAACCGAUUGUUGCCGAUGAUGCACUGUACUCAUUGCAUGUACCAUGAGGACCUUGUAUGAUGUCGUUGUCCGUUCAGAAAUACUGUGUCCACUUUCAGCAUUCUCCUUGUUUGCUCUCUAGGAGCUGGAGCUUGUGUGUGUUUGCUUGAGCAAAUGUGUCUGCACAGUAGCUAACCCACUGCAGACGAACAAAAAUCUAUUUAUUCCUUGGUCACAAAUUGGCAUACAUAAGUGCUCCAGAAGCUUUUUUAACUUUUGUUUUAGAAUUUUUUUUAAUCUAUUGUACAGAAAGGUCCUUGUUGUCUGGUAAACAAAAAAAGGGAGCGAGUGAGAAGAAGGAAAUAAAGUCUCUUUACAAGUGUA